AUGCUCGUGGGUCUAUGGAGACGAUGUCCUCGGCCGUCGCUGGUCCUGUCUAGGAGCAUCACGACGGCUGCGUUGCAACCCGCAGACGACUUGACAGUUGUGGAUGAUAAACACCGUGUCUACUAUGCACGGAUUGCACGCAAGCUCCCUACGCAGACGUUCCCUUGGCAGUCAAUGCACCGCACGACGCGUUUUUUACAGAGCAGGGGGUUGAGUCCGACACAGGCGCUAAAGAUAAUGUCUCAACAUGUUAUGAUAAUCUCUUACUCGGAGGCAUUAAUCGAGAGCAAGAUUCCGUGGUUCUUAGAGUUGGGUCUUAGCCACGACAAAAUCAAUGAUAUUAUCAUACGUCAUCCAAACAUCCUGGGAAUCUCCAUUACCAAAUAUGAAGCACUUGUCAAGUGGUACCUUUUUCACGGUGUGCCAAAGGACAAGAUCGCCUAUCUGUUCAACAUAUUCCCACAAGGAGUGUCGUACAAUAUCCGAGACAAUUUGGACCCAAAAGUAGCACUUUUGAGAGAAAUUGGAUGCAAUGAUAUGCAGGUUGCACGAGUCUUGACGAGAUCGCCGCAGAUAUUCACUCAUAGCAUGGAGCGACUGCGUGACAAAGCAAAUUAUUUGGUGGAGUUGGGUGUACCACGUGAGCGGUUGCCAUUCAUUGUUUCUUCCGUACCUGAAUGUGUCGCAUUGACUUCAUCUCGAGUCAAGGAAACGGUAGAUGCAUUGGAUGAAUUGUUCGGUACUGGCGCUGGCUUGCAGGCUCUGCUGCGGAACUGUCGUAUCGUUAUGAGCAGCAUCAAUGGCAUGCGUGAAUCGUUCGACUACUUGAUUUCAGUAGGCUUUACAAAGGAGAGACUGGAGAAGAAUACGAGAUACAUCACACGCAGUGUAAAUCGCUGUCUCCGGCCACGUGUAGAAUUCUUGAUGACGAAGAACGUUGAUGUGGUAAGCGAUAUCACGUGGAUUUUGACGCCGCAAGGUCGCUUUAUCGAGCAGUAUCCCGACUACGCAGCAUACGUGACGAAAUUUAAAGCCGACCCGACCACAAAAAAGAAUGCUAAAGACGCAGUAGUGCCAUAG